AACCCCAAUUGAAAAGUCCUUGGUGAAAGGGUGGCGCCAAUGUGAGAGUGAGGAGUGUGGAGUAAGGGCUUUCAUUUAAAAGGUUGCCGCGUAACUGAGAGUGAGAGUGAGAGUGAGAGAGAGUGUGUACUCUUUACUGUGUUUGAUUGGUAAUGGCAGAGAGAUCAGAAUCUUCCAUCAGAGCCACUCACACCGAGAUUCUUGAAAUGGAUGCCAAAGAUGAUAACAGGAAGCGAUUGAAACCAGCUGUGGAAGACCACGGAGCUAUUUUGAUGGCUGAGGCUGAAAUUGAUCAGACUAACGGUGCAUCGCCAGAAAUGGAACUUCAUAUCACUCAAAUUCUUGAAAAAUUGGACAGUUUCACUAACCUGGUGUCUGAACUUCUUGAAUCUGGAAAGACAAUGUUUAAGGAGCUCAGUAAUGAAUUCGAAGAGCGGAUGAUCACGAUCCAUAAAGAACAAACGGAGAAAUGGAUGGACGAGAUCAAAGAACUCAGGUUGCUUGAUGCCUCAAAUGAGGAGGCUCAUGCUCUUCUGCAUAAUGCUCGAUACUUGCUCCAAAAUCCUCAUGUUGAUUGAUUCUCAUCCAAUUUCAAGGUAUUCGAUAGACACUCGAGCUUUAUCAUCGUUCCAGCACUAUCCACUUAUAUAAUCUCUGGUUAUGCAGGUCAAAGGAGUUACCACUUUCAAUAUAUUAGUAGUUAGUAUUUGUUAGAGUUUCCAUAUACUAGUCUAAACUCUCAAGUUUCUUAUAUGUUCUACAUCAAAGAAUAAACUACAUUCUUUGUACAUAAUAAAGGACAAUUUCCUUUCACCUCUGACUUUCUUACCUUUGGAUCAGAGGCACAAAACUAUUUGUAGCAUGGAGAAUUUCACUAUCACAAGUAACUAUUAUAGUAGAUGAAAUGAAAAACACUUGAAC